AUGCAAAAAGAAGAUUUAAAUAUUUUAUAUUCAAAAUAUAUAAAUAAAACAUUAUUUUUAAUUUCAUUAAUAAAAGCACUGAAACAAAACCAGACUACGGAAAUGGAAAUCCAUGUAGAAAUUUAUUCUAAGAAAACUUUUAAUGUUGCUAUUUUGGCACAAUGGCAGCAGUUAGCGCUUAUAAUCUGA